AUGGGAUGGUCAUUAAAGAGCAAGAUCGGCUUCUUCCCAUAGCUAACGUGGGCCGGAUAAUGAAGCAGAUCCUGCCUGCAAACGCCAAAAUCUCCAAAGAAGCUAAAGAAACCAUGCAAGAAUGUGCUUCUGAGUUCAUUAGUUUUGUUACUGGAGAAGCUUCUGACAAGUGUCACAAAGAGAAGAGAAAAACUGUGAACGGGGAUGACAUAUGUUGGGCCUUGGGAAGCCUUGGUUUCGAUGAGUAUGCGGAGCCCCUAAAAAGGUACUUGAACAGGUUUAGAGAGUUAGAAGGGGAGAGAGCUAAUCAGAACAAGUCUGGCAAUAGUGAAGAAAAGGUGAUGAAUCAAAAUUUAGCAGAACCAAGGAAAAUUACCACUCACGUCUCCCCAACGUCAAUUAAUUUCAACUUCAUGGAUGAGAGUAGCAACUCUCUCUCGAGGAGCUGUUUUUAGGGGC